AAAAAGAAAAUAUUCUGAACUGCUUGUUCUCCUUAAAGUUGCAACUUUUUUUCUUCUAGUAUUUCAAGUACUCUUCACUCUUACUCUCAGAUUUGGUUCACGAUUUUGUAUUAUUCAGUGUAAUAAUGUUAACUCAAAUUUCUAGCCCUUCACUGUAUUUUUUUCUAUGUUUUUUGUGAUAAUUAACAUCUGUGUGAUUAUUAUUAUUAAAACAGAAUCCAACAAAAAUGGUACACUACUUUACUUGGCAGAUGCACUAAUCGCAUACGCUGCACUAAUGAGCCUGUAGCUGAAAAAGAGGCAGUGAAGAGGGAAGGAAUUAAUAUAAGUACAUACAAAUCCUGACACCAUUCAAAAAAUAUGCUGUCUCUAUCUACUUAUAAUGGGGUACCAGCUAAGUAUUUGCUUGGUUUUUUACAUGCCUUCUACUACACAGCUGAAAUUACGUUGUACAGCCAUCUAGAUAUACAGGUGACCAGUAAUUUGUGCCUGGGUAGGAGCAAUUUAGUACAACUAUAGCAAGAACUGGGAUUCUAUUUUAGAUCCUCUUAUGUGUACUUGCUGGAAUCUGAUUUAUGUCUACACUAUUUAAAAACAAGUGUUUUGGUAUUAAAUUCAUGCUGUAUUGCUAAUUCUGUUUGGAGGGUAGUUCUUAUUUGCCUUGGCUUCGAAUUUAGCAAUACUUAUUCUGUAUUUUCACAGUAUUUAUUUGAAUUAUUCCAUGAUGAUCUUCUAAAGGAUAAAGAACACAGGCUUAUGUGUGCAUGUAUAUACUCUCACAUUUACAAAACAUUUAGGCAAAUAAAAUUUAUUGCUCGCUCUCCCCUCUUAUUUGGGAGAGGAGUUAGAUGGGGUAGCUCAAAACUUAGUGCUGGAGUAGCCAGCUGGUGGUGAUGGUCUGGUAGCUGCGUUUGUGCAGUCACCACACCUCACCUGUAGUCCAGAUCACCAAAUGGCAGUGGGCUGAUCCUUUGCUCAUCUUUCUAAUUUCAAGGGAGCUACUUUCCAUGUCCUAACUGGAAGGAAGGGAAAGCCACGCUGGUGUCUUCCCACCCUCCUGACUCUGCCCUGGCUGUGGUGUGAGCAUUCUUGAGGUCUGUAAGGAAGCUGCUUGAGAGGGGAAUGAGGAGCUCUGUGACUCCAAAUGGGGUCUUGGCAGCUUGAAAGCAUGCUUGUGCUCCGCUUUGAUAUUCCCAACUCUCUCCCAACUAAGGAAACCUCAAUUUCUAACUUGAAUCCUUAAAACAUCUACUCAAAGAAUUGUGUAGCUACUGGUUUUCUGUAUAGAAAUAUAGACUGUACAGAACAUAAACUUUCCCUCCCUGUCUUUAAAGCAGCAGUUCCCAGUUAUGCUGUGAUCCUUCUGAGGUAAGAACACUUGUAAGGAGGGUAGCAAAAGCCUUGCAAAAGCAGGGAUCAAAGUUAUAAAUGAGUGGAAAACCUUGAGAACUGAUCAUAGCCUGGAUUCUCUGCUCCUCUCAAUGUGGGCAGGGGGCAGACUUUAUCUUCCAGUACUGUGAAGGCAUUCUUUCAUCAUUGGCUAUGCUUGCUUUAAUUAAUGGCAAAAUCUGAGCGAUGGAAGCUCUGGGCUAAGCAGAGAUCCUUGUGUGAUGUUUGGAGAUGAAAACUUGUUGCAGAAAGCAGAGUAAUCCUUCUGCAGAAUUACGGGACUGGUAGUACACCCUCCAAAAUAUUUUGCAGAAGAAAGAUGAAAACUCAUUUUUGGCACUGAGAGGUGUAUGUGUGUAUGUGAACAUAUUUAACAAUGUCAAUGAAAAUGCCUAGGGUUUGCGUGAAAUUCUGACAGAGCAAUUAAGCAGCUCUAUUUCUAGCAGAGGAAUUUCUGGUAGAGAAUGUUUUUACAACCCUAAUCUGUGUUCAUCUAAGUAUUCUGAAAAUAACUAGUAUUAUGUGUUGAGGAGGAUUAUGUCUUCAAGUUUUCACUGUAAAAUAAUGAAUGAAUGCUCUGUGAGUGUUUUGCAAGACCUUGUCUCUUUUCCCUAGAGUUUCUCAACUCCUGCCUUUCUGGGAUGCAGCCUCCCUGCAGUCUCAGUUAUCUCUUUGCUUUUUUGCCUUCUAGCUUUUGGACCCUGGCCAUUUGUGCACUGCUCAGAGGUUCAUGAAGUGUGUUUCUGAUAAACAAGGAUCCUGGACACACAUGGAAAAUGGUGAAGAGGAGAUGUUGAUGGCAGAAGAUCAUGGCCCUGAUUUGAUUAACACUCAGGAUUUUAGGACGCAAUGCAGCAGCAGCCGAAGCAGUUUAGCAUAUUAUCACUGCAAGAAGGAGGAGAGAGAACACCUGAUAGCCCAUGAGAGUUUGGAUUAUUUGCCUUCACACAGUAAAGUUUAUAAGAAAUGGCUGCAAGAGAAAACCUACAGAAAAGAGUGGGAUCGAUGGCUGCUGAUGGGGCUAAUUGGAACAACAGUUGGGAUGCUGGGGUUUUUGGUUCAUCAGAUAACUGACUCUCUCAUCAAAUUGAAAUGGAACCUGGUGGAAAAUUACCUGCAGGAUGGCAACCUCCACAUGACCUGGCUGUGUGUGCUUGGAUCUGGGCUGGCCAUGGUGGUUCUCUCCUCAAGCUCAGUGCUGUUCUUUUGCCCAGCAGGUUCUCCGCUUGGCUUACCAGAAAUCAUUGGAUAUUUAAAUGGCACUUCUAUUCAACAUCUUUUUGACAUCAAGACCUUUUUAGGGACAUUUGUUUCAUGUGUGCUGGCUGUAGCCUCUGGGCUCUUUUGUGGACCAGAAGGUCCCAUGAUACAUUUGGGUGCUCUCCUGGGUUGUGGCCUGAGCCAGCUGCAGUCGGACACUCUUGGCAUCCACCUCCCGAUAUUCACCAGGUUUCGGAAUUCAGCUGAUAAGCGCAGUUUCAUUACAGCUGGUGCAGGAGCAGGGAUAGCUACAGUAUUUCGUGCCCCCAUUGGUGGACUCUUGUUCACGCUAGAAGAAGUUUCUUCAUUCUGGGACAUCAGACUGGCCUGGCGAACCUUCUUCUGCUGCUUGACGGCUACCUUCACUACAGAUUUAUUGUCCUCCUCUCUCUAUGGGUUUGUUUACAGAGGUCAUUUUGGAUUUUUUGAAGCAGAGAAAAGAAUUAUAUUUUGGGUUAAGAACUUGCUGGACAUCAGUGUCUUGGCCUUCAUUCCAACCAUUCUCCUUGGAAUGCUUGGAGGUCUUCUGGGAGCUCUCUUUGUUUCCCUGAAUAUAAAGAUUAAUAAAUUACGUAUGCAGCUCUUUAAUUCCAUUCCAAAAUCCUUUAGAAAAACAAGCAAGCUGUUGGAAACUGUGCUCAUCCUUGUAUGUACAACGACUGUUACAGUAUACUUACCGUAUUUCUUUCCUUGCACUCCGGUCAUGAGCGUCAGAAAUGACCAUCUGAGAAACAACUCAGAAAUCAUAAAUCAGUUCAAGAGGGAAAUUUCGGAGUAUAGCUGUUCAUCAACCACGUGGAUUGGUCCUGAUGGACUUAGAUAUUCUAAUCAAACCUUCAAUCAAGCCGCUGCACUCCUAGUUGAAAACGGGAAGCAAGGGAUCACGUAUCUUUUUAAACGCGGGACUCAUGUGGAAUUUGGAUACAGAUCUCUCUGCACUGCUUUGGCAUUUUAUUUCAUCCUCAGCUGCUGGACGGCAGGCUCUGCUGUUGCCAGUGGCCUGGUUAUUCCUAUGCUGUACACGGGAGCUUUGUAUGGCAGGAUAAUAGGUUUGAUCCUUGUUUCAAUUUUUGGUGUUCAAACUAAUGAGUAUGGAGCAUGGAUUGAUCCAGGUCUCUUUGCUGCCAUUGGAGCUGCUUCCUUUUUCAGUGGUGUGUCAAGACUAACCAUCUCCCUUACUGUGAUAAUGGUAGAGAUAACAAACGAUGUCCAGUCCUUGCUACUUAUAAUGGUAGCUGUCAUGGUGGCCAAGAUGGUUGGUGAUUUGUUCAGCGCAUCUCUGUACAGUUCUCUCCUGAAGCUGAAACUCAUUCCCUACUUGGAGGUGGAGCCUUUUGUUCGUCACAAGACAAAAUGGUUAAACCUGGAAUUGUUCUCUGCCAGGGACGUCAUGGAGCCUGGGGUUAGAGUCCUUCACCUGAAGGAAAAUAUUGCCUCCUUGGCUCGGCUUCUUGCAACUACAAGCCAUGGCGCAUUCCCAGUGGUUUGCAGGCCCAAGCCAGACCACGCAGAGGUGUUCCAGGGAACUAUUAAAAGAUUAGAGCUCUGCAUGUUGCUGGAGAACAAGAACAUCUUUGAGCCAGAGACAAACAACGAGUCUGUCUCCUCUUCUCAUCCUCUCUCCUAUGAGAAGUUAACAGUGGAGAAGCUGCCCAGUCUGUCGCACCUAACCAUGCUGCUGAAUCGCUACAUUACAGAUCCCCAGUAUCAGCAACUCUUCAUCAAUCUGGAGCCAUAUGUGAAUAAAUCGGCAAUGUCAGUGCAAGCUGAUUUCUCGCUGCAACGCACCUAUAUCAUCUUUCGCACCCUGGGGCUGCGCCAUCUCACUAUUGUUGAUUUGCAGAACCGAGUGGUUGGGGUCAUCACCAGGAAGGACCUGAUGCCCUUUCCACUGGAGGAGAGGCUCAGGCUCCAGCUGGACCCACAAAGCCCUGAUGUGCCUGAGCAGCCCCUGGCUCCAAGGCCAUGGAUGUGUUCUUAGACUUCAGCACUUCUUUAUAAGCUCAUAUUCUUCUUCAGGAAAAAAUCAGCAGAGCUUUUCCACUUGAUCCCUUCUUGAGAAGAGAUGCUUAAAAACUGUUGUAUCUAGACAUGUGGCAUUGUAGCCCAUUCAGAGCUUUGUCUCUUCAGCUGUUUGGUGAUUGUAAAAUUCAUUGAUUUAAAUGCUUGUGAGACAAAAUGGGAAAUCACAUGUUUAUGGAAGAUAAAAUGAGAUGGGAAGGACGGAUGCCAAGAAUGCUUUUGUCACACUGUGUCUAUGCCUCCCAAUAAAAACCUCCAUAACCAUUAGCAGCAGCUGUGUUGGCAAAGCCCUUCAGCAAGGUCUAAAUCUUCAACACCUGAGUGUUAAAAAGGAGAACGUUUCAAUAUCAGCUUUUUAAUGUUGAAAUAUGUUUAAGUGUGAGGACAUACUGCCUUGAGAGAGAUGGGCAAAUGAAAGGAACAAGAGUCUAGCCUUGCUUUUUGGCCUAUGCAUAUGAAAAAUUGAAAGGGAGAAUUCUGUGUAAGAGAAAGCUGUCAGCUGUGAGGGUCCUGCCAAAUUCCUGUCUUGCUUCUCAGUGAAAGAAGCCUGACAUGCUUUUCUGUUGUCUAUAGUUCUUUCAAUUCCUGCAACUCUUAGAAUAGGCUUUCUUUCUCCCCUUCAACAUGAUAUGAUAAGAUUUUUAUUUAAGCUAAUGUGCAGUGAGGUAUGGGGCAAAUUCUAAUAGUGGGGAAGCAACAUGAUAAAUUGCGGGAGUAGUUUGUGUAUGUAGUAGCAUAUUUACAAAAUGACCAAAAAUUAAAUAUUUCUUCAUUAUUUUGGAGUCAUACAACGUCUGAAACCUUGGAAAGUGUUGUUAGUUAAUAAAUUAAUGUGAGCAAGUUUUUGGAUAAAGACACAUUUCUGUUUCCUUCUGUGACUUAGUAAUUGAUGUUUAGUUUUGUUCUGUUAAAUACCAGGGAUCCCCACACAUUUGGAUAUUAAAAUCAAACAUGUACAAAGGAACUCACUGCUAUUAAUGUUGUUAUAAUGAAUACCAAGGAAAACUAGUAAUAAUUUACUGGUUAUAAAAACCUGCCAAAAUUCCUGAAAGUGAAUUUCUGGUAUUUGAAUCAUGCGGCUUUAAGUCUCCAACAAAUGAAAGAUUUGUUGGAUUUUCUCCUGUUUUCUCUGCUGGAUCUUGUCUUUAUUAUCAAUAACGUUGCUUUUGUAGCACCACAGAGAAUGUACAGGACUACUCUGCUCUUGUGAGACCCCACCUGGAGCACUGUGUCCAGUUCUGGAAUCCCCAGCAUAAGAAGGAUAUGGAACUGUUGGAAUGGGUCCAGAGGAGGGCUACAAAGUUGAUCAGAGGGCUGGAACACCUCUGCUACGAGGACAGGCUGAGAGACUUGGGGUCAUUCAGCCUGGAGAAGAGAAGGCUCCGAGGAGGCCUUAUAGUAAUUUUCCAGUACCUGAAGGGGCUACAGGAAAGCUGGGGAGGGACUUUUUACAAGGACAUGUAGUGAUAGGGUGAGGGGGAAUGGCUAUACAUUGGAGAGGGAAAGAUUUAGACUAGACAUUAGGAAGUAAUUCUUCACAAUGAGGGUGGUGCGACACUGGCACAGGUUGCCCAGGAAAGUUGUGGAUGUCCCCUCCCUGGAAGUGUUCAAGGCUGGGUUGGAUGGGGCCUUGAGCAGCCUGGUCUAGUGGGACGUGUUUCUGUGUGUGGCAGGGUGGUUGAAACUGGAUGAUCUUUAAGGUCCCUUCCAACCCAAACCAAUCUAUGAUUCUAUGACUUUAAAACUUCAGUGUCCAAUUUAAUGCAGAUAUCUGGCAUCCCAGAACCUUAUGAAGGUAGGUGAGAAAGGCUCUUUAAAUGGUUGGUUAAAACACAUCAUAUGAAGGAUGAGAAAUGCUUUACAAGUUAUCCAGCCAAGAGACAAGGAGGUGGAUGUUUAUUUAGAUUCUGUUACAGUUAGUAAUCUUUUGUUCAUUAGUAAACUAGUAAGGUCAUUGUCACUCUUGAUCUAUGUCUCACCUACCUGAAAAAUCAAAGUUUUUCUUGAAGGAAUCAGGGUUUGUGUCCUAGCAGAACAAGAGAGCUAAUCUGUAAACCUCUAGUGAUUUCCCCUUAAGUCAGUGAGAAUGCCUUCUUUUCUUGAUAAACACAUCUGAAUCACUUUGCCAUGAUUUUUCAAUUUUGGUUAAAAGCCCAUUGCUGAUUUCCUUUUCUUUGAUUUACAGAGAACACAAAAUAUCAUCGUAUUAAGACCCAUGUAAUGAAAUUUCUUUUUGAUUGCAGUAUAUGUGGCUCAGUACAAACUGUAGCUGGGGUGUACUUCAUGGAGUAUGAGGGCUGUAGACAGCCAGGAUAUCUGUAACUCAUUACACAACUUUGAACAGGUCACUUAGAUGCUUGGCAUAACAUUUACUCUGCCUUUAAAAUGGGAAAAAUUAUAUGGAUCCACCAUAGCUACUGUGAAAAGUAUACGUGUGAAAAACGUUACAGGAAUAUAAACUAUUUAUGAUAAUAUUAUGUACAGGCUAAUUGUAAAAAGUGGUGGGGGAUUGGUCUCCCUGCCCUGUCCCCUUCCCCAUCAGUAACAAGUGUACUUUCUAAUGAAAU